AGCAAAUACAAAUUUCAACAUCAUGGAAAACAAAUUCAAAAUAAAUAUAAUAUAAUAAGAAGCUCAAGAUGAUCUCAAAUUUGCAAUUAAUAAUCAUCUCAUUUGACCACAUAAACCGAAACCAUUAGAGGGAUUUUUUCCUUCUAGGAUAUCAUUUCGCCCAUAAACUUUUUUUCAGUUUUUUUUGGGUCUUACCAAUUUCUUGAUUCUCGUAGGACUUUUCACAAACAGGUGGUGUGCGUGCAGGGUUUUCUUUGGUUUUAGCCUGUUGUUGGCCCUCUGAUUACGUGAUUUUGUUGUGGGUUUUCAUAAAUAGGUGGUUCUGCUUGUUGGGUUUGCUCUGGUUUGGCUUUUUGUUUGUGUGAUUCUCUUGGGAUUCUUCACAAACAGCUGAUGUGCGUGUAGGUAUCGAUUUUUUUAGGCCUUUAUUGGCCUUUUGAAACUUAAAAGUGUUUUGGGUUUGGGGACAUGGGUUGUGUUUAUUGCAAGUGUUGUGGAUUUCCAUCAUCAUGGUCUGAUGGUGGUAAUAAAACUAAAGGAAGGAAAGAUAAAAACGCGAAUACUGAUGAGUUAUUAGAAGUUGUCCCAAUUCCUUCACAUAAUUAUAAGCUCGAGUGUGCUGUGCUAACACGUCGUGGGUAUUAUCCCGACACACCUAAUAAAGAAAACCAAGAUUGUUUUUGUAUCAAAACAAGUAUUCAAGGCAACCCGAAUGCCCAUUUCUUUGGUGUGUUUGAUGGUCAUGGUCACACAGGCAAGCAAUGUUCAAAUUUCGUUAUGAAUAGACUAGUCGAGAUUCUUAUUAGUGAUGAAACUUUGUUAGAAGAUCCUGUCAAAGCUUAUGAGUCAGCGUUCACCACAACUAAUAACGAGCUUCACGACAACCCUGAAAUUGAUGAUUCCAUGAGUGGCACAACUGCCAUUACGGUCCUUGUGAUAGGUGAUAAGCUUUACGUAGCUAAUGUGGGUGAUUCAAGAGCUGUGAUUUCCGUUAAAGAAGGUGAUCAUGGUCAUAUUGUUGCACAAGAUUUGUCUCAAGAUCAAACCCCUUUUAGGAAUGAUGAAUGUGAAAGAGUGAAGGAAUGUGGAGCUAGGGUUUUGAGUGUUGAUCAAGUUGAAGGGGUUAAAGAUCCAAGCGUCCAAACAUGGGGUGAUGAAGAAAGUGCAGGUAGUGACCCACCACGGUUAUGGAUGCAAAACGGGAUGUAUCCAGGGACUGCAUUUACUCGUAGUGUAGGUGAUAGUAUAGCAGAAAAGAUUGGUGUUGUGGCCACUCCUGAAGUUUCGGUGGUUCAACUCACAGCUAAUAAUCCGUUUUUUGUACUUGCAAGUGAUGGUGUCUUCGAGUUUCUAUCUAGCCAAGCUGUUGUUGAUAUGGUUGAUAGAUACAUGGAUCCUCGGAGCGCAUGUUCUGCUGUUGUUGCAGAAUCAUACAAAUUGUGGCUAGAGCACGAAAAUCGGACAGAUGAUAUAACAAUCAUAGUAGUACAUGUUAACGGCUUAACCAACUUAGGUGAUACCAAUGACGGCGAGGCAGGUGAGAGUAGUAUCGAGCAAACAAUUUUAAAACCAGAUGUUACUCCUCCGCGGUCAGAAAUGUACCAAUCAGUUGGAAGCAAUUUCUCACAGAAUCUCCAUUUUCAGCAGAUGAUGGCAACUAAUGAUCAAAUACCGGUCAUUGAACCACACAAAGGAUGAUUUGAGUCAAAGCUUUUAACCGCAUGUUGUAUUUGUCAUAGUAACAUGAAAAGCAUGAGAGCAAAUGAGUUUUGUAACAUUAUGUGGAUUGGUUGGUAGCAACUGGCAGGUUGAUCAGAUUAGUAGUCAAGUUGGUGUAGGCGGAUGAGAUUGUUAGUCAAACCUGUUUUAUGAUUUAAGACCAGAUCUUUUGUCGUUAAUUUUGUUCAAAUGAGAUGCUUAUCCAAUAGGAAUGGCUGAUAGCAAA